AUGCGAGACAGUGUGACUGAAGUCACAUAUGAAAUUUUUUAUUGUGAAAAUGCGCUUUCUUUAGAGCUUUCAUUGCCUGCUUUCUACACAGACGGAAGUGGAGAAAGAGGUGAGAAGGAUGCCAGCAAAAUCACAACCUAUCCGCCAGGGGCUGUCCGCUUUGACUGUGAACUGCGAGCCGUACAAGUCAGUUGUGGAUUUCACCAUUCAGUGGUUUUGAUGGAGAAUGGUGAUGUUUACACAUUUGGAUAUGGGCAGCAUGGGCAACUUGGACACGGUGAUGUUAAUUCCAGGGGAUGUCCCACUUUGGUGCAAGCAUUACCAGGUCCUAGUACGCAAGUUACUGCUGGGAGCAACCAUACAGCUAUUCUCUUAAUGGAUGGCCAGGUUUUCACAUUUGGAAGUUUCUCAAAAGGUCAGCUUGGUAGACCAAUUCUGGAUAUGCCCUACUGGAAUGCAAAACCAGCACCUAUGCCUAAUAUAGGCUCUAAAUAUGGACGCAAAGCAACAUGGAUUGGAGCGAGUGGAGACCAGACUUUUCUCCGGAUUGACGAAGCUCUCAUUAAUUCUCAUGUGCUUGCUACAUCAGAGAUAUUUGCAAGCAGGCACAUAAUAGGUUUGGUACCAGCUUCAAUAUCAGAACCUCCUCCUUUUAAAUGUCUUCUGAUAAACAAAGUAGAUGGCAGUUGCAAAACAUUCAAUGAUUCUGAGCAGGAAGACCUUCAAGGUUCUGGUGUGUGUCUGGAUCCUGUCUAUGAUGUUAUUUGGAGGUUUCGACCAAAUGCUAGGGAACUGUGGAGUUACAAUGCAGUAGUUGCCGAUUCCAGACUUCCCUCAGCUCCAGACAUGCAAUCCCGGUGUAGUAUUUUGAGUCCAGAACUUGCUCUGCCAACAGGUUCCAAAGCUCUAACCACCAGAUCUCAUGCAGCUUUGCACAUUCUAGGUUGUCUUGAUACUUUGGCUGCUAUGCAGGACUUAAAAAUGGGUGUAGCAAAUACAGAAGAAGAGACUCAAGCAGUAAUGAAAGUUUAUUCUAAGGAAGACUAUAGUGUUGUUAACAGAUUUGAAAGUCAUGGAGGAGGCUGGGGUUAUUCAGCCCACUCAGUAGAAGCUAUCCGUUUCUGUGCUGAUACGGAUAUUUUGUUAGGUGGUCUUGGUCUUUUUGGAGGUAGGGGUGAAUACACUGCUAAAAUAAAGUUGUUUGAAUUGGGUCCAGAUGGGGGAGACCAUGAGACUGAUGGCGACCUUCUUGCUGAAACAGAUGUCUUAGCGUAUGAUUGUGCUGCUAGAGAGAAGUAUGCAAUGAUGUUUGAUGAACCAGUACUCCUACAAGCUGGUUGGUGGUAUGUAGCCUGGGCAAGAGUGUCAGGACCUAGCAGUGAUUGUGGAUCUCAUGGACAGGCCUCUAUUACUACAGAUGAUGGUGUUGUAUUUCAGUUUAAAAGUUCCAAGAAAUCAAAUAAUGGUACAGAUGUUAAUGCAGGGCAGAUCCCGCAGUUACUAUACAGGCUACCAACAAGUGAUGGCAGUGCAUCCAAAGGAAAACAGCAAACCAGUGAACCUGUGCAUAUUUUAAAGAGAUCUUUUGCCAGAACUGUCUCAGUGGAAUGCUUUGAAUCUUUAUUGAGCAUUCUUCACUGGAGCUGGACAACACUGGUGCUGGGAGUUGAAGAACUUCGUGGACUUAAAGGAUUCCAAUACACUGCUACUCUUUUGGAUUUGGAAAGGUUGCGUUUUGUGGGUACUUGUUGCCUGAGGUUGCUGAGGGUCUACACCUGUGAAAUAUAUCCAAUAUCAGCUACAGCUAAGGCAGUUGUAGAAGAAACCAGCAAACUAGCAGAUUGCAUUGGAAAAACUAGGACCUUGCUGAGAAAAAUUUUAUCUGAAGGAGUUGAUCAUUGCAUGGUGAAGUUGGACAAUGAUCCACAAGGAUACCUCAGUCAGCCCCUGAGUCUUUUAGAAGCCGUUCUUCAGGACACAGCUUGCUUUCAUUCAUUUUAUCCAACACCAGCUCUCCAGUGGGCCUGUCUUUGUGACUUGCUGAAUUGUUUGGAUCAGGAAGCAAACUUCAAAACCUCCAGUAGCCGGCUUCUUGCUGCUGUUAUGUCUGCUCUCUGCCACACUUCAGUAAAACUGACAUCUAUCUUUCCGAUUGCUUAUGAUGGAGAGGCGUUGCUGCGAUCAAUGGUCAAACAAGUCAGCACUGAGAAUGACUCUGCUCUGGCCCAUCGUUUUCCUCUCUUGGUUGCACACAUGGAAAAACUUAGUCAGAGCGAAGAAAAUGUUUCAGGGAUGACAAGCUUUCGGGAAGUGCUGGAAAAGAUGUUGGUCAUUGUUGUUUUACCAGUACGGAACAGCCUUAGAAGAGAAAACGAACUCUUCUCUUCACAUCUGGUUUCUAACACUUGUGGGUUGCUUGCUAGUAUUGUGAGUGAGCUUACAGCAUCAGCAUUAGGAUCUGAGGUUGAUGGGCUGAACUCUCUCCAUUCUGUCAAAUCCACUCCAAACCGAUUCACUAAAACAAGUCAGGGAAGAAGCUGGAAUACUGGGAAUGGAUCCCCUGAUGCAAUAUGUUUCUCUGUCGACAAACCUGGUGUAGUUGUAGUAGGAUUUUCUGUUUAUGGUGGAGGAGGAAUUCAUGAGUAUGAGUUGGAGGUAUUAGUUGAUGAUAGUGAUCAUACUGGAGAUUCAACUCAUUCUCAUAGAUGGACAUCUUUAGAGUUGGUUAAAGGAACUUACACCACAGAUGAUUCUCCAAGUGAUAUAGCUGAAAUCAGACUUGACAAAGUUGUGCCACUGAAGGAAAAUGUGAAAUACGCAGUUCGCUUGCGGAAUUAUGGAAGCCGGACUGCCAAUGGAGAUGGAGGAAUGACCACAGUUCAGUGUCCAGAUGGUGUAACAUUUACAUUUAGUACAUGUAGUCUGAGCAGUAAUGGCACAAACCAAACACGAGGACAAAUUCCACAGAUUCUUUAUUACAGGAGUGAGUAUGAUGGAGAUCUGCAAUCACAGCUUUUGAACAAAGCUAAUGAAGAAGAUAAAAAUUGUAGCAGGGCUCUUUCUGUUGUGAGCGCUGUUGUACGAGCAGCCAAAGACCUGUUGCACAGGGCUCUUGCUGUAGAUGCUGAAGACAUUCCAGAACUACUCAGCUCUUCCAGUCUGUUUUCAAUGCUGCUUCCUCUCAUAAUAGCCUACAUAGGACCAGUAGCGGCAGCUAUUCCCAAGGUUGCUGUUGAGGUCUUUGGCCUAGUACAACAGUUACUUCCUUCUGUGGCGGUUCUGAAUCAGAAAUACGCCCCUCCAGCUUUUAACCCAAAUCAAUCUACAGACAGCACCACCGGAAACCAACCGGAGCAAGGGCUUUCAGCUUGUACUACCUCCAAUCACUAUGCUGUUGUAGAAAGUGAGCAUCCCUAUAAACCUGCCUGUGUUACGCACUAUAAGGUGACUUUUCCUGAAUGUGUCAGGUGGAUAACAAUAGAGUUUGACACUCAGUGUGGCACUGCUCAAUCAGAGGAUGUUCUUCGUUUACUAAUUCCUGUCAGAAUUGCGCAGAGUCUGGGAUUUGGGCCAAAGCAGACUUCUGUUCAUGAAAACCUUAAUUCAUGGAUAGAACUGAAAAAAUUCUCUGGAUCUUCAGGAUGGCCUACCAUGGUAUUAGUGUUGCCAGGAAAUGAAGCUCUUUUUUCUCUGGAGACUGCAUCAGACUACGUGAAGGAUGAAAAGGCUUGUUUCUAUGGUUUCAAAUGUUAUGCAAUUGGAUAUGAAUUUAGUCCGGGAUCUGAUGAGGGCAUUAUUCAGCUGGAGAAAGAAUUGGCCAAUUUAGGAGGAUCAUGUGCAGCAGCUUUGAUGAAGAAAGAUCUAGCGCUUCCUAUUGGUAAUGAAUUUGAAGAAGAUCUUGAGAUUCUUGAAGAGGCUGCUUUACAGGUGUGCAAAUCUCACUCCGGCAUUCUCGGAAAGGGCUUGGCACUAUCUCACUCACCAACCAUUUUGGAAGCUCUUGAAGGAAAUCUUCCACUGCAGGUACAAAGCAAUGAGCAGUCAUUUCUGGAGGAUUUCAUUGCUUGUGUACCAGGAUCAAGUGGUGGACGACUUGCAAGGUGGCUUCAGCCAGAUUCAUAUGCUGAUCCUCAAAAAACAUCAUUGAUUUUGAAUAAGGAUGACAUUCGAUGUGGUUGGCCAACUGUUAUUACUGUACAAACAAAAGACCAGUAUGGGGAUGUUGUUCAUGUUCCUAAUAUGAAGGUAGAAGUCAAAGCUAUUCCUGUUUCUCAGAAAAAAACAUCUCUGCAACAAGAACAAGUUAAAAAAGUGCAACGGAUACCAGGGAGUCCUGCAACAGCUGCUUCCCCUAGCAGUGAUAUGACCUUUGGAGGACUUCCUUCACCAAAGCUUGAUUCUUCGUAUGAGCCAAUGAUAGUGAAAGAAGCUCGAUAUAUUGCUAUUACAAUGAUGAAGGCAUAUGAAAAUUAUUCUUUUGAAGAACUACGCUUUGCUUCACCAACACCAAAGAGACCCAGUGAAAACAUGUUGAUCAGAGUCAAUAAUGAUGGUACAUACUGUGCAAACUGGACUCCCGGAGCUGUUGGUCUUUACACCAUCCAUGUUACUAUAGAUGGCAUUGAAAUAGAUGCUGGACUAGAAGUGAAAGUAAAAGAUCCUCCAAAGGGUAUGAUACCUCCUGGAACCCAACUUAUUAAACCAAAAGCAGAGCCUCAGCCAAACAAGGUUCGCAAAUUUGUGGCCAAGGACAGUGCAGGGCUUCGUAUCCGUAGCCACCCUUCCCUUCAGAGUGAGCAAAUAGGCAUAGUGAAAGUCAAUGGAUCCAUCACUUUCAUUGACGAGAUCCACAAUGAUGAUGGUGUUUGGCUGAGGCUGAAUGAUGAGACAAUAAAGAAGUAUGUUCCUAACAUGAAUGGUUACACUGAAGCCUGGUGUCUCUCUUUUAACCAACAUCUUGGCAAGAGCCUUCUGGUACCUGUUGACAAUGUCUUUAAUGCUAGCCAAGGAGUAAGGGAUUUGGACUUUUUUUCAUGGACUUCCAAAGCUUUACCCCCUAAGGAAUCUAGGUCUAAUACUGAUGAUUUUUUCAAAGACCUAAAUUCACACUGCCCACAGGAAGCAGUGAUGCAAGAACAAGAUAUGCCAUUCAUUCGAGGUGGACCUGGAGUGUACAAGGUAGUGAAGACUGGCCCAUCAGGUCACAACAUCAGAAGCUGCCCUAACCUUAGAGGUAUCCCAAUUGGAAUGUUAGUUCUGGGAAACAAAGUCAAGGCAGUGGGCGAGGUGACUAAUUCAGAAGGUACGUGGGUGCAAAUGGAUAAGAACAGCAUGGUAGAGUUCUGUGAAAGUGAUGAAGGCGAGGCAUGGUCGUUAGCUAGAGACAGAGGUGGAAACCAGUACCUGCGACACGAAGAUGAGCAAAUCCUUCUAGAUCAAAAUGUUCAGACUCCUCCCCCAAGUCCUUUUUCAAUACAAGCUUUCAGUAAGGGGACAAGCUGUAGUAAUGGACAAGGGUUUGAUUAUGGCCUUGGAAAUAACAAAGGUGACCAACUGAGUGCCAUACUGAAUUCCAUUCAGUCACGGCCAAAUCUCCCAGCUCCUUCCAUCUUUGAUCAAGCUGCAAAACCUCCCUCUUCCCUAGUCCACAGUCCAUUUGUGUUCGGACAGCCCCUUUCCUUCCAGCAGCCUCAGCCACAGCUUCAGAGUGACCGAAUGAAUUUCACAGGAGCUGCUAGACCGAUUUCUCCAUCAGGAAAGUCAGAUAUGUCAUCAAAACACAGAGCUGACUGCAGGUCACCCAAGCUUGAUGUGCGAAUGAAUAGAGCUGCUGCUGACCAGAAGAAACCCAGGAAUACAGAAGGCUUAUCUGCCAGUGAGUCUCUUAUGCUGAAAUCAGAUGCUGCAAAAUUGCGGUCAGACUCUCACAGCAGGUCUUUGUCUCCAAAUCAUAACACUUUGCAAACACUAAAAACCGAUGGAAGAACAACUACCAGUCUGAGAGCUGAAUCUCCAGGGCCGGGAACCCGAUCAUCUUCUCCAAAGACAAAGACACUUACAGCUGUUAGAUCUGGUGCUAGUUCUCCACGAUCCUCAUCACCCCAUGACAAAACUCUACCUCAGAAAGCUUCAUCCCCUGUAAAAACAAAGCUUGAUCCUCCUCGAGAACGAUCCAAAUCAGAUUCUUACACAUUAGAUCCAGACACCCUUCGCAAAAAGAAAGUACCACUAACAGAACCCUUAAGGGGGAGGUCCACUUCACCCAAACCAAAAAUUAUUGCAAAAGAUGGAAAACCUGUUACAGAAACUGAAAAUAGAGCUCCUUCCCCUCAUGUUGUACAAGAAAAUCUUCACAGUGAGGUUGUUGAAGUAUGUACUUCAAGUACUUUAAAGACAAACAGCAUUACAGAUAGCACCUGUGAAGACAACACAGAAUUCAGAAGUCUGGACGAUGGUUCUAAUAAAGUUCAUUUCAGCAUAGGAAAAGCACCACUGAAAGAUGAGCAAGACAUGAGAGCAUCUCCAAAAGUGAGCCGUAAAUGUGCUGGUAGGCACACAAGACCCAAAAAGGAAAAAUCCAGCUUUCUUUUCAAAGGAGAUGGCUCCAAGCCUGUAGAGCCUGCCAAGCAAGCAAUGUCGCCUUCUGUUGCAGAAUGUGCUAGAGCUGUAUUUGCUGCGUUUCUUUGGCACGAAGGAAUAGUUCAUGAUGCUAUGGCUUGCUCAUCUUUUUUGAAAUUUAAUCCAGAACUGUCCAAAGAGCAUGCACCAAUACGAAGCAGUCUUACUCAACAACCUGCAGAGGAAAAAGAAACCAAGUUGAAAAAUAGACAUUCAUUGGAAAUAUCAUCUGCUCUUAACAUGUUCAACAUCUCACCUCAUGGACCAGAUAUAUCUAAAAUGGGUAGCAUCAAUAAAAACAAAGUCCUCUCAAUGUUAAAAGAACCACCUCUGCAUGAAAAGUGUGAGGAUGGAAAAACUGAAACUACCUCCUUUGAAACAUCCAGUCAUCACACGAUGAAAUCCAAGUCUCCUCUUCCAUUAACACUGCAGCAUUUGGUAGCCUUCUGGGAAGAUAUUUCUUUAGCAACUAUUAAAGCGGCUUCCCAAAACAUGAUUUUUCCAAGUCCUGGUUCUUGUGCAGUGUUAAAGAAGAAAGAAAGUGACAAAGAUAACAAGAAAACCAAAAAAGAGAAAAAGAAAAAAGAAAAGGUUGAGACUAGGCCAAGGGGAAAUCUUUUUGGCGAGAUGGCUCAGCUUGCAGUGGGAGGACCUGAAAAAGACACUAUCUGUGAGUUGUGUGGAGAAUCCCAUCCGUAUCCAGUGACUUACCACAUGAGACAAGCUCAUCCAGGUUGUGGCCGUUAUGCAGGUGGCCAAGGUUAUAAUAGCAUUGGGCACUUUUGUGGAGGAUGGGCUGGUAAUUGUGGUGAUGGUGGGAUUGGAGGAAGCACUUGGUAUUUGGUUUGUGAUCGAUGCAGAGAAAAAUAUCUCCGUGAAAAGCAAGCAGCAGCAAGAGAGAAGAUUAAACAAUCUAGGAGAAAACCAAUGCAAGUUAAGACUCCUCGUGCCUUGCCAACUAUGGAAGCUCAUCAAGUGAUUAAAGCCAAUGCACUGUAUUUACUGUCGCUGAGUAGUGCUGCUGAGCCCAGUAUCCUCUGCUAUCACCCUGCAAAAGCAUUCCAAUCUCAGCUUCCCAGUGUCAAAGAAGGAAUUUCUGAAGACUUUCCCAUUAAAAUGCCGUGUCUCUAUCUACAGACUUUAGCAAGGCAUCAUCAUGAAAAUUUUGUUGGGUACCAGGAUGACAACCUCUUUCAGGAUGAGAUGAGGUACCUGCGCUCAACUUCAGUACCUGCACCGUACAUCUCAGUUACUCCUGAUGCAAGUCCUAAUGUCUUUGAGGAGCCGGAGAGUAACAUGAAAUCUAUGCCCCCAAGUUUGGAAACCAGUCCAAUAACAGAUACAGACCUUGCAAAGCGUACAGUCUUUCAAAGAUCAUAUUCAGUUGUUGCAUCAGAAUAUGACAAACAGCACUCAAUUUUGCCAGCACGUGUAAAGGCUAUCCCUAGGAGACGAGUCAACAGUGGAGAUGCAGUGGGGUCCUCUCUCCUGAGACAUCCAUCUCCUGAACUUUCUCGGUUAAUCUCCGCCCACAGCUCUCUUUCCAAAGGAGAGAGAAAUUUCCAGUGGCCAGUAUUGGCAUUUGUAAUCCAGCACCAUGAUCUGGAAGGACUUGAAAUAGCAAUGAAACAAGCCUUACGGAAAUCUGCUUGCCGAGUCUUUGCCAUGGAGGCUUUCAACUGGCUUCUUUGUAAUGUCAUUCAAACAACUUCUCUUCAUGAUAUUUUAUGGCAUUUUGUGGCUUCACUGACUCCUGCACCUGUAGAGCCUGAAGAAGAGGAGGAUGAAGAAAAUAAAUCAAAUAAAGAAAAUGCAGAACAA